AUGAAGUUGACACUAAUCUUCCUCCUUGUAGGUAGCUUGGCAGAGACUACCUUAGGUUGGACAUAUCAUUACUCAAACAACAGGAAGAAUUGGACCGAUGCCAGAGAGUGGUGCCGGGAAACUUACACAGACAUGGUGGUCAUCCAAAACCAGAUGGAGAACGACUAUCUGGUCUCCCUGCUGCCAAAUCAAAGUAGUAGUCCAUAUUAUUGGAUUGGAAUCACGAAAAACCACAUAAAUGAAACUUGGACCUGGGUUGGGAAUAACAGCACUUGGACUGGUAAUAAUUCAUGGGCGGAAAACGAGCCCAACAACAACCACAGAUCAGAGUUUUGUGUGGAGAUAUACCUCAAUACAGGUAAAAACAGAGGGAAAUGGAAUGAUGAGAAAUGCUCCAAUAAGAAACGCCCAGUAUGUUACAAAGCUCAAUGCAAUGCAACUAUAUGUGGCAGAGGAAGAUGCCAGGAGACCAUAGAAAACAUGACCUGCCUCUGUGAUCCUGGGUUUGAGGGUGACAGGUGCCAAACAGGUAAGGAGAGAGCUAUUUGA